AUGCCAGGUGGCAACGCCCCCCAACCUCCCCACUCCGCCCCCAAGCCGCCUCCUCAUUCCGCCCCCUCCAACCUCCGCAAAUCCCGAUGGGAGUCGUCCGCCGCCGCUUCCUCCAAAUCCAAACCCUCUCCUAACUCCGCCGCAAUCCCUCCGGCUCCGAACAACAAAGGUUCCAAUAGGCCCCUACCCCAACCGCCGAAGCCGGGGCCUGAGAACCCAUCUCCAAGGCCCGGAAAUCCCAAUUCCGCAGCAGGGCCAAGCUCGGUCUACCCUUUCAACGAUCCGCCACCGCCCCCAUCUUAUGGAUUUCACAUGCUCGACCGCCGCAGCAUCGUCCUCGCCGACGGCUCCGUGCGGUCUUACUUCGCUUUGCCCCCUGAUUAUGAGAAUUUCGCUCAUAUGCCGCGGCCAGCACACCGGGCCGGAUUCAUUGGCCAGAGCGAGUUCGGGCCCCCUUUUCCCAUGAGCCCUGAUUUCCGCGGUCCUGAUGGCAGGGCCCGAAAUCCGAAUGUGGGACUUGAGAAUUCUUUGAAAAGGAAGUUUGGGGAAGAUGAGAGGGGCGGAAGGGAUGAUGGGUUUGAUAGGCAAAGGCAACAGCUCUUGCAGUACGGUAAUGUGAACGGGCCGGGUCCAAGCGUUGGGUACGGAUUGGGGAGAGGUGAUGAUGUGAGAGCUGCUAAGAACAUGAGAUAUAAUGAGGGAAGUUCGAGCAAGCUUAGGCAUAGUGAGGUUGAUCAGAAUGCAUUAAAGGUGGCGUUUUUGCAUUUUGUGAAGUUGGUAUUUGAGACUCCAAAUCAGAAAAAGAGUUUUUUGAUGGACGGGAAACAGGGGCCUCUACCAUGUCUUGCCUGUCGCAGGUCUUCGAAAGAUUUUCCAGAUGUGCACAGUCUUGUCAUGCAUGCAUACAACUCGGAAAGUGCUGGCUCACUUGUGGAUCAUCUGGCUUUUCACAAGGCUUUGUGCAUUCUAAUGGGCUGGAACUAUUUGACGCAACCUAAUAACUCGAAAGUCUAUCAGAAUCUUUCUGCUGAUGAUGCAGAAGCAAACAUUGAUGAUCUGAUUGUGUGGCCACCUACUGUUUUAAUUCAUAAUACCAUCACGGGAAAAAAUAGCGAAGGACGCAUGGAAGGUUUAGGAAACAGAGCAAUGGAUAGUAUGCUUAGAGAUCUUGGGUUCACUAGUGGAAAGUCGAUGUCAUUGUUUGCAAGAGAAGGCCAUCUUGGCAUGCACGCAGUGAAGUUCGCAGGUGAUGAAUCGGGGCUCAAGGAGGCUCGGAGGCUUGCUGAUUAUUUUGAGAGACAGAGACAAGGGCGGAAGAGCUGGGCCCAUCUGCAACCCUUAACACUUUCCAAGGACGACGAGAAGAACCCAAAUCUCGUGAAAUUGGAUCCCAGAACAGGAGAGAAGAAGAGGGUGUUUUAUGGGCAUCUAGCUACUGUUGCCGAUCUGGACAAGAUUACGUUUGAGCUAAAGAAGAAGGUCUCGAUUGUGAGUGCACGGGAGCUCACACAUCGCACAUGAUCCCUGUCUCGUUCCGGUGAGUAGGUACCACACGUCUUGACGUUACAUUAUGAUGCAGUUUGUGUAUGAAUUUAUUUGUGACUGGAGAUGUUGACAAGAAGCAAGAAUUGCUUGUAAUCCGGUAACUCUUUGACGUAUUCAAGUAUAACACUACUUGUCUUGAACAAAGAUUGAUGUUCCAAAUUUUAACUUCAUUUUUGCUUUGGAUAAGCAAUUAAAAUGAUGUUACAUA